AGACACCACGCUGGGUGCCUGUGAGGUCCUGCCGGUUGUCUUUUCGAUUCCUUUUAACUUUGCGGUAUUCUUUCUUAACAGAGAAGCCGGCGACCUGACCAGGUCUCUCAGGUCUCUCGUGCGUUCGACCUUUUCUAUUAGCAAGCGCUUCUCUUUGCAGCUUUUAUUUUCAUGCCUCUUUCCUCACCCCUCAUAGAUUUGUGCGAUUCACUGAAUGGAAAUGCUUCUUUAAUCUCAUUCUGACCAGAAUGACUUUGGUCCCUUCGAUCCAGUCAGAGAUUUCCAAGCAACUGCCUUUAUGCUCCUGUAUGACCAAAAGGAAAAAAAAAAAAUCAAACUACAGCUCUUUUGAACAGUUGUUGACUGAAAAAAAAAUGUUGGGAGCAGAUAAGAACUGUCUUUAGCUUGUGUAUGUGGGAUCAUCUCAAAGAUGUCUUCCAGAAGUCCCAAAGAUUUAAUUAAAAGCAAAUGGGGAUCGAGGCCUAGCAGCUCCAAGUCAGACACUGCGCUAGAGAAAUUUAAGGGAGAAAUUGCAGCCUUCAAAACAUCCCUGGAUGAAAUCACCAAUGGGAAAGGAAAAGUGGCCAAUAAAGACAGAAGCAAACUUCUGGAGAAAAUUCAAGUUCUUGAAGCCGAGAGAGAAAAGAAUGUUUAUUACCUCAUGGAGAAGGACAAAGAAAUACAGAGACUCAAAGACCACCUAAGGUCAAGAUAUAGCUCUUCGUCAUUGCUCGAGCAGCUGGAGGAGAAAACCAAGGAGUGUGAGAAGAAGCAGCAGUUGCUGGAGUCCUUAUCCAGAGAGACAGAUAUCCUGAAAAAGCAGUUGUCUGCCACGACGAAAAGACUUUCCGAACUUGAAAGCAAAGCCAGUACACUCCACCUAUCGCAGAGCGUGCCUGCAAACUGCUUCAACUCAUCAAUGAAUAGUAUUCAUGAAAAGGAAAUGCAGCUGAAAGAUGCUCUGGAGAAAAAUCAGCAGUGGCUUGUGUACGACCAGCAGCGAGAAGCCUACGUUAAAGGGCUUUUAGCAAAGAUCUUUGAGCUUGAAAAGAGAACAGAGACUGCCGCUGCUUCCCUCCCACAGCAGAUGAAAAAGACUGAAUCAGAAGGUUAUCUUCAAGAGGAGAAGCAAAAAUAUGAUCAUCUCUUGGAAAAUGCCAAAAAAGAUCUUGAAGUUGAGCGACAAACCGUAACUCAGUUGCGUUUAGAACUGGAUGAAUUUCGAAGGAAAUAUGAAGAAACUCAAAAAGAAGUUGAAGAUUUAAACCAGCUGUUGAGUUCUCAGCGCAAGGCAGACAUACAGCACCUGGAAGAGGACAAGCAUAAGACGGAGAAAAUCCAGAAGCUCAGGGAAGAGAGCAGUGUCUUCAAGGGGAAACUGGAAGAGGAGAGGAAGAAGUCUGAAGAGCUUUUAUCUCAGGUCCGAAUUCUCUACGAUUCUCUGUUAAAGCACCAAGAGGAGCAGAGCAGGGUGGCUCUGCUGGAACGGCAGAUGCAGGCAUGUACUCUAGACUUUGAAAAUGAAAAACUCGACCGCCAGAAUAUGCAGCAUCAGCUGUAUGUGAUUCUUAAGGAGCUCCGGAAAGCAAAAAGUCAAAUAACACAGUUGGAAUCCUUGAAGCAGCUACAUGGAUUUACCUUCACAGAGCAGCCGUUCCCACUCCAGGGAGAGCCUGAAAACAGAGUGAAAGCUACCUCACCUAAGAGUCCCACUGCUGUUCUCAACGAAAGCCUAGUGGAAUGUCCCAAGUGCAGCGUACAGUACCCAGCCACCGAACAUCGAGACCUGCUUGUCCAUGUGGAAUACUGCAUGAAGUAGCAGAACCGUUCUCACCUUUGUACUGAAAAGUCCACACUGUAUUCUGUGUUCGUUUAUAGGCACUUUAAAUCACACAGUACAUCUCUUAAUCAAUCACACAAGAAACUCCGUCUACCCUUGGCACUCUGGCAUAUAAGGGUGUCCUUGUAUUUUUCUGGCCACUUUGCAUUUUCCUUGGUAGCAACUCUCUGAGUUGGUGGCCUUCAGGCUGCAGUGACAGAAUGUGCUGAGCAGUGGCUAUCCAAACUUCUAGCACUUAACACUGUUCAGUAACUAGCACUUCACACGGUUCUAAUACUCAAUAAACAAGAGCUAUUUGGGUUAUUGGUUAUGACUUAAAGCUACUGACCAGUCAGCAAACAUUCUAUGCUUUGGGGGUUUUAAGAGACUCAGAAGGUGAUUAACCAUGGAUCUUACUGUGCUGAUAUUUUUAUGUAAGUGCUUUGUAUGCUGACGCUUCCACUUGAUAUCUCUUGCUAUUGUAGAACGGUUACUAGAAAAGUUGGGAAGUUUUGUAAUCUUUAGUGCUGUUAACUGUUCUAAGCACAAAGCAGGUUUUCUUUGAAGAGUCCUUUAAGUAGCUGUGCUUUUUACUCAUAUUAUCUGACCAUAACUUUGACUUAAAUUUCAUUAGUAUAGGUCAGUUUCCAAAAAUGCCAAAAUGAACAAAACUUGAGCAAAACUAUCUUGCCUCCUCAUUUGAUUUGCAGGGAUUUUAUUCUGUCUUUUUUGUUGUUUUGUUUUUAGCACUCUUAAAGAUGGUUGAGCAGUGUAAUUAUCAGAUGUUUGUUUUCUAAAUAGAUAUUUUUAUAUAUGCUCUAUGUGAACCAAAAUGUGUUUUAUUCUUUCAGAUUUUCUAAGAUCCUUACACCUGGGCUACUAUUAUCAAUAUGAAGGAGGAAAUAAUAAAAUAUUUAAUAAGUUU